GGGAGAGGGCAGUGAGCCUGCGGCCGAGACUUGUCCGUCGCCGUCGCGCACCGCUCGGAGCUCUCUGGAGGUGGGCGAAAGAGUGCGAGAGCGCGGGGGAGGAGCCGAGCGGGGCGAGUCCCGAGAGCGCCGCCACCGCCCCCCGGAGUCCGCUGGAGCGCGGAGCCCCCUGCAGGGGAGGCGGCGAGCGGCUGGCGGGACGCGGCGGCGGGCGCGGACCAUGCAGUCCCCGCCCGGCCAGCGCUGGCUGCUCGCUGUGCUGUGAGGUGGCGGGGUCCCCUCCGGCUGCCGCACCCCUCCGCGCAGCUCAAGUGCUGCCCGGAGCCCUUGCACUUCGUCCCGGGCCCCGGGACGCCGGUGGAAGGCACGGCCUGCCCCUGCCUUGCUCUGCCCGAAUCAUGCAGGGGGCCCCGAAGGAAGAGAAGGCGACUGACCGGCCCGCGCCGCCCGUGGUCGAGGGGCGUCCUGCUCUCUGCUGAAACGCCCUCCAACCUGCUGCCAUGUGUCGCCGCCACAGGUACCUAUAGCUUGUCGUUAAACUUUCCCAGCUCCGGCCCGGUUCGGGGUCGCGGGGACGGAGGAGGAGCCCGGCUGGUUGCAGACAUCUGCCGCCCAGCAGGAUCCUCAGAGAGUUCUGUCCUUGGAGUCGGAGCCCUAUCUGGCGUGGAGCUGAGCGCUGCCGGCGGAGGCAGCGCCUUCCCGAAACAGUUUAUCUUUGGACGGAUUUCUUUAAGAGAAAAAGAAACCAACAGGUUGCCAGCCCCGGGCGUCACACUCCAGACUCCGGAGAGGGAAGACCCGGCCGCAGAUUCGUCGGCCAACGCAGACCCUCUCGGGCAGCGGGAGGCAAAGGGAAGAAGGGGACGAUGGCUCGGCCCGACCCGUCCGCGCCGCCCUCUCUUCUGCUGCUGUUGCUGGCGCAGCUGGUGGGUCGGGCAGCAGCCGCUUCCAAGGCCCCAGUGUGCCAGGAAAUCACGGUGCCCAUGUGCCGCGGCAUCGGCUACAACCUGACGCACAUGCCCAACCAGUUCAACCAUGACACGCAGGACGAGGCAGGCCUGGAGGUGCACCAAUUCUGGCCGCUGGUGGAGAUCCACUGCUCGCCGGACCUACGCUUCUUCCUGUGCUCCAUGUACACGCCCAUCUGCUUGCCUGACUACCACAAGCCGCUACCCCCGUGCCGCUCCGUGUGCGAGCGCGCCAAGGCCGGCUGCUCGCCGCUCAUGCGCCAGUACGGCUUCGCCUGGCCCGAGCGUAUGAGCUGCGACCGCCUCCCUGUGCUGGGCGGCGACGCCGAGGUUCUGUGCAUGGAUUAUAACCGAAGCGAAGCCACCACCGCAUCCCCUAAGUCCUUCCCGGCCAAACCCACACUCCCAGGACCACCAGGGGCGCCAUCUUCCGGGGGCGAGUGUCCCUCGGGAGGCCCAUCUGUGUGCACGUGCCGUGAGCCCUUCGUGCCCAUCCUGAAGGAGUCACACCCACUCUACAACAAGGUGCGCACCGGCCAAGUGCCCAACUGCGCCGUGCCCUGCUACCAGCCGUCCUUCAGCCCUGAUGAGCGCACGUUCGCCACCUUCUGGAUUGGCCUGUGGUCUGUGCUGUGCUUCAUCUCCACGUCCACCACCGUCGCCACCUUCCUCAUUGACAUGGAACGAUUCCGCUAUCCUGAGCGCCCCAUCAUCUUCUUGUCUGCGUGCUACCUGUGUGUGUCACUAGGAUUCUUGGUGCGCCUGGUCGUGGGCCAUGCCAGCGUUGCCUGCAGCCGUGAGCACAGCCACAUACACUAUGAGACGACUGGCCCUGCGCUCUGCACGGUUGUUUUCCUCUUAGUCUACUUCUUUGGCAUGGCUAGCUCCAUCUGGUGGGUCAUCCUGUCGCUCACCUGGUUCUUGGCGGCUGGCAUGAAGUGGGGCAAUGAAGCCAUCGCAGGCUAUGCACAGUACUUCCACCUUGCUGCCUGGCUCAUCCCCAGCGUCAAGUCCAUUACGGCGCUGGCACUGAGCUCGGUGGACGGGGACCCAGUGGCUGGCAUCUGCUAUGUGGGCAACCAAAACCUGAACUCUCUACGAGGCUUUGUCUUGGGCCCACUGGUGCUGUACCUGUUGGUGGGCACGCUCUUCCUUCUGGCGGGCUUCGUGUCACUCUUCCGCAUACGGAGCGUCAUCAAGCAGGGUGGCACUAAGACAGACAAGCUGGAGAAGCUCAUGAUCCGCAUCGGCAUCUUCACUCUGCUCUACACGGUGCCAGCCAGCAUCGUGGUGGCCUGCUACCUGUAUGAGCAACACUACCGGGAGAGCUGGGAGGCAGCCCUCACCUGCGCGUGUCCGGGACCGGACGCUGGCCAGCCACGCGCCAAACCCGAGUACUGGGUGCUCAUGCUCAAGUACUUCAUGUGCCUGGUGGUGGGCAUCACGUCGGGAGUUUGGAUCUGGUCCGGCAAGACCCUGGAGUCUUGGCGGCGUUUCACCAGCCGCUGCUGCUGCAGCUCUCGGCGGGGCCACAAGAGCGGUGGCGCUAUGGCCGCAGGAGACUAUGCGGAGGCCAGCGCAGCGCUCACCGGGAGGACCGGGCCGCCGGGCCCCACCGCCACAUACCACAAGCAAGUGUCCCUGUCGCACGUCUAGGAAGGCCUGGAGGCCUAGGCCCAGGACCGGUGCUGGAAGUUGAAGGGGGCGGUUGUGUCGCUUGGUAGCUUUGUGAAGGUCACUUCCGUUUAUCUUCUUGGUGCUGAUGCCCCCUCCCUGAGCGGCUUGGAGAGGAAAAGGGGGCUGUUUCAAGAGAUUACCUGUCCCCGGUCUUCUACCAGGGGGGUCGGCUCGCAGUGCAGUGGGUUAAGUGUAUUCUAGUUUGCAUUUCUUACUGCUUUCUUUAGAAGUACCUUGUUUUUAAUUUAUAUGUAUUUUAAGUUUUAACUUUGUUGCAUUUUGGCAACAAAAUUUACCUUUGCUUUGGGGGCUUCAUAAUCCUCCAGCUGGCAUUGUAAUGAGGUUACCGUUGGUUCAGGUAUUUUUGGACUGUGUGGUCUAAAUUAGGAAAAUAUAUUUCCUAUACGUGUCUUUGUUUUUGUUUUUGUUUUAUAAAUGUGAAGAGUGUGAGAGGCUGCUGUGUGGGAAGGCGUGGAGUGUUCUUUUUUAGGUAGUUUCUUCCUACAGUGCUUAAAAUGUCCAGGACACUUAGAGGCCAGAGGCCAUCUGCUCCUUCUGUGUCUAGCCCCCUCAAGUCCUCAAGUAGAAUAUGAUGUGGUUAGGACCGUCCCCCAGAUGACAAGGUUAGAGCUAGGACUUCUGUGAGCCUCCUUAACCUUGCUCAGCAAGCCUUGGGCUCUUGGCAGCCAAGCUGCCAUCACUCUCAUUCUGUUAGAGCCAGCCGUCCGUCCGUCCGUCGUGUCUUGAAUAAGUUAGAGGUGGCAUUAUGGAGUGGACGUAAACAUUUGCCUUAGAGCCUAAGGAGGACUGCUUGAAUGUGAAUUCUGAACUGGUAAGACGGUGAGCUUUCUGUCCGUGAAAGAGUGAGUGAGUGGGUGGUUGCCCAGAGGGAGUAGGUGGUUCUUAAUAAGCUCCAGAAAGCCCCCCCCUUUUGAGACUAAAAAAACUUGUGCUACAGAUUUCAGUAAAAGUAAAUCCACUCCCUUUUUCUGGAAGCAGUUAGGACUCCUCGCUAAAGGGGGCUCUCUUUUAGAUUAAAGGACAAAAAACGGAUAUGCUUCCAGUAAUUAAAGUAAAUUCCCAUUGCUUCGUAUCUGCUGCUCCAGGCCCACCUCCUUUAUCAUGUUAAACAGUCCUUCUAGCUUUUCUUAUUCCUCCUGGUGGAGAGCGGUGAUUAGAAACCACACCCACCCACCAAUGAAGUGUUGAGACUGGGGGGGUGGGGGGCGGGAGGGAGGCUGGUUACCUGGGAACAAACGUUGGCUCAGGGGGAAAACCAGUGUCCCUGAACUCAAAGAUUUAAAGCCAGUUAUGCCCCAAAGCAGCUACACCAUGCCCUACUAGCCUGAAAACAAACAAGACUCCUAACUUAGCUUUGUAAUAUGGGGGCAGUGUAAAGCUACUGCAGGAGAGACCUUGUUUCUUUUCCUCCUCUCUUGAGAGAGCCUGUAUAGUGAUGGACAACCCCCCCACUCCCCUCCCACACACAGUUUCUCUGCUAUUAGAAGAGUCUGUUUGCUUUCCUAAUCUGUUUAACUAUUCAUUCACUAAGAGUAUGGGGCCAUUACAGGGAAAGAAAUGGCAGGGCGUCAGCCAGCAAGUACCAGUGAGUGACCCAGGCAGAGUGGGGACUGAAUUUAGAGAGCUAAAAUGGCCAAGCAACUGAAACUUCACAAAGCUUUCCUAGAAAAACAGCUGGAGUCUAGGCAUUUUCAUUUGCAGCACUUGGGGGUGGGGUAGUAGGGGGAGCUAAGCCUGAGCCAGCUUUAUGUCCCAGGUACUCAGUGGAGAAAUGUGUAGUUCCCAUUGGGAAUUUAAGCACUCAGAGUGUUCACAUUUGUAAAACAUUCUGCUCUCUCGCUCCCUGGAGUCAGAAUUAAAAUUUCAGUGGCUUCCAUAAGACCUUGUACAUCUAGGUGCAGAACUCUGUGAAUGUCUUAUUCUACUUAUUCUGAAGCCCCUUCCAGGAACCUCAGUACCUCCCUGGCUCAGCACCACUUCUGUUUUUCAAAUGAGGUCCUUUUCUUAUCACCUUGACCUCUUGCCUUGUUUUAGUGUUGUCUUCCCAGAAUCUGCUGCCACCCCUGCCCCCCUCACCCCACCUCCAACCCCAGUCAGCUGUGCAUAGUUUGGGUUGUUCCCUUCUGACAAAGAGAAUUGAAAAUCGUGGUGGAAUCUGGAAAAGACGUACAGUUUAUCUAAAAGUUGUGGGAUGAAGCUGAUGAAAGUGAUUUAAUUCAUUUUUCAUCAUUUUAGAAUGGUUAUUUUUUUUCCCAUCUAAGAAACAUGCCAAAGCUCUAAAAAAAAAAAAAAAAACGAUUAAUACCCUUUGAAAAUAUGGCAGUUGAAGCGGAUGCAAUGCCAGAGCAGGGGACUAUGCAGGCAUGCCUUUGGAAGGGGCUGCAGAGGGCUCUAGCUUUCUGUCCUCUGUGCUCCUCUUUCCUCUUCCAUACCCUUAGAGAGACAAAGAAAGCACACCUGCUUCCCUGAAGCCAACCAGAGUUUCUGGCCAGCCCGAGGGGAGGGGAGAGGGAAGCUGCCUUCGGAUGACUACCCCCUCUUUCCACCGCUCGGUUUCCUCCGCUUUGCAUAUCUGUACCGAUAACAAGAAAUGAAAUGAAGAGCCCAUGGGGUAACUCAGCAGCUUGUGCACUGCCAGCUUUGUGUAGCUCAGACGACUUGGGGUUGGUUUCAGGUUCAGGGCACAUGCCUUUGGCCACCCCACUCGCCUCUUUAGGCACUGGGAUGCUUCACAGACUGGAGGGUGAGGGUUUUUAGAUGGUCUAAAGAAAGAAGCAGGACCUCAAUGACUCCGAUGGCCAGAUAAUUAGGAAGGUUUUUUUUUUUCUUCUUUUUUUUUUAAUUUAACUUCACGUUAUUUCCCUCCUCACAUUUUGAAGUUGUCUGAGUUGGAUGAAAAUCAUUUUUCCUGGUGCCUUAUUGGUUUCUUCUUGUAGUCCUUUUGUCACAGCUUCCUGUGAUCGUCACCAGUGACCAGGGCCCCGUGGGUGCGUAUGCCCUGUGUGCGCUUGUGCGCAUGUACAAGCUUAAAUAAUGUGCCGAUGGCACUGGUUCUAAGUUGGUAUUCAUUAGGUUGUUCCCUCCUGGGCCAGGGCAGCAGUAAUCUUGACACCGGCUGCCAGGAGACAACAUCAUGGAUCAUACACUGAACCUUAAUAACAGCAUCCGUGACCUGCGCCGGCGAGUGUAGAAUGGGAACCCCAGAGCUAGGAGGCACGGUUGUAUAUUUUAAUGAACUGCUGCCCCUGCUAAGGAAGCUUCUUUCACUUUUGUGCUCUACAGAAAGACCAAGGGGGGUAGGAGGGACAAAGCUUUGAAUAAGUGCUUUCUAACACUGGCAAACAGGACCGAGCACAUCACAAAUCUAGGCAGGUGUGAGGUACAGUGCUAAGAAUUGCCUGCUGCCUCUCUCUGCCCUUUCUUGUCUCCAAAGUCCAAUCAAGUGAUCCUGGGAAAGAAGUAGCCUGACUUGGGGAGGACAGCUCAGAAAGAAAACCUAACGAGACAUUGGAGAAGGGCGGGCGAAGGGCAGGGUAGGGAGGGUGUAACCUGCGUCACACUCUCAGAGCCUUCUGGUAGUGUAGUGACAAUUGCAGGAUUUAUUUCAUCCAGGAUGGUGUCUGUCUGUGGUACAUCAUUUUAAGAGAAUAUUAGUUCAUGUUGUUACAAACUAUGUAUAGUAUGUAUGUUUUGUGGGUGUGUAUAUACGUAAUAUAUAUUAUAUAUAUAUAUAUAUGAGAGAGAGAGAGAUUUAGUGACUUUUGAUACGGGUUGGUGCAGGUGAAUUUAUUACUGAGCCAAAUGAGGCACAUACCAAGUCAGUAGGUGGAGUCCAGGGCAUUCAGUGCUGUGCAUGAUUUGCAUACAUGUAUAGUGCCUAUCCCAUGCAGUGAGAAUCCUCGCUGUCAUGCCAAAUCCAGCACUCACAACGCAGAGCCAGCAAUAUUUUAUUUGUAGACAAUCAGCUUGAAUCUAUAGACUAUGACUGGCAAAUGAUUAUAAUCCUGAACCCAUACCACUCGCAAAAGGAAACCCAGAGUAUCUUGCAGAGACGUUUGGUUUGGUUUUGUGCCUGGGAGUCAGUCAGUACAACGGCAAUUGUAUGUGCUUAUGUUAGUCUCAAGAUCCUUAACUUGUUGACCUUAUUAUUUUGGAAAUUUUUUUUUGUAUUAUAUUUGUGGGAAGGUAAAAUAAUGGUUUUAAGAUUUUUAUCAAAUAUGGAGAUUAGUUAUUUAUGAAAAACAAAGAAAUGUCUAUUUUUGUUUCUUUGUUCCCAAUUAAUGUAGAUAACUUUUUAAAAUGCAUUAAAGCAA